CAAUAAAAACGGUUUUCAUAAAAAGGGCUUUUCUCCCGCCAUCAACGUGGUCAUCCGGGACUGGGAAAGUGCCAUCUGGACAAGUUGAGGGCGGCAGAGCCUGGAAGAGCGGGAAAUAAAACCCAAUUAAACUAGCUAGCUAACCUGCGACUGCUCUAAAGUUUCCUACCUUUGACACAUGGAGACAAACUAACAAUAAUCUAUAGAUACAUGUUUCUCUGGUUAAAUACAACUAUAACAAUAGAAAUGUAACCCAUGUAGCCCACCUAUGAAUAUGAGUGGUUUAGGACGAGCUCAAUCUGUUAAGCGCGGUGUCUACGAUGGAGAACGAAAUAACCACCAGCACUCCCUCUCCUCCUCCUGCUCCAGUGUCUCAAGACCCCAGCAACGACACCUCUCCCUCUCACCAUGCCCCCCGCUUUGGCACCAUCAUCCCUAACCGCAUCUUUGUGGGAGGCAUUGAUUUCAAGACCAAUGAGAGCGACCUGAGACGCUUCUUCUCCCAGCAUGGAGCAGUGAAGGAGGUGAAGAUAGUGAUUGACCGUGCUGGGGUGUCAAAAGGAUAUGGCUUUGUUACCUUUGAGACCCAGGAGGAUACAGAGAGAAUCCUUCAUGAUGCUGACAGACUGUGCUUCCGGGACAAGAGGCUCAACAUUGGCCAGGCCGUCCGCAAGCAGCAAGUAGGAGGUCACCCAAACAGCUUCUCUGUGUCCAGCCAUACUCCUGCCAUGAUACCCACCCCCUGUGGAACCAUGUACCUCACCACCCCUACGGGGUACCCCUACACCUACCACAACGGAGUGGCUUACUUCCACACCCCAGAGAUGAGCCCCUCCACCCCCUACCACUGGCCCUCCCGCUCAGUGCCUGGCUCUCCAGUCAUGCUGACCCACCAGCCUCCACCCAUCUACCAGCAGCCAGCCUACCAUCACUACCAGGCCCCUACACAGUGUCACCCUAGUCACCUGCAAUGGAACGUUCCUCAGUCUCCAGUGCCCUCCAGCCCAGUGUUGUACAUGCAGCCCUCUGAGCUCCUGUACCAGCCCAUGGAGCAGCCCAGUGACGGGGGCUGUGUCCAGCCUGCCAUGCCCCUCAUAGAGGCCCCCAUCCCAGAGCAGCAGUUCAUCGACCACAUGGUGCAACCAGCCUACAAUCACACGUUAUCAUACUACCCACAAAGUCCAGGGGGGAUGACACCUGUGAUGAUACAGCAAGAACCAGGAAAGGAACAGAAGUUCCACGCCAUGAGGCGAGGUUACCCCUCCUCGCCGGCCAGCCUGAAGCCCAGGUACGGCCGCAACCCGCACUACGCCACCUGCGCAAGGAGUACCGCCCAGAAAUCACCACUGACCCUCUCCCCUCCGCCUGCCACCGAACCACUCAAGUAG